GCUAGGAAAACGACACAGUGUGGUUGAAUUAGCUUUACAGAUAAUGCUGAACACUUAAACUCUUCCUUCAGAGUGGCUGAAUUGAUGCUAUUUUCUAAUUGCUAAAACGGGUUUACAGACAGAGCGAUGCAUGAAGACAACAUGGACACACCGUGUAUGGUUACCUGCACGGCUCCUAUGAAUAUAGCUGUUAUUAAAUACUGGGGCAAGAGGGACGAAGAUUUAAUUUUACCCAUCAAUUCAUCUUUAAGCGUCACUCUGCAUCAAGACCAGUUAAAAACAACAACGACAGUUGCAAUCAGCAGAUCCUUUAAGGAGGACAGAUUGUGGCUCAAUGGCAAAGAAGAGGACAUUUCUCAUCCAAGACUUCAGUCCUGCCUGAGAGAGAUCAGAAGAUUAGCAAGGAAGAGACGCAGUGAAAGAAACCCUCGUUCGACUGAUUCCGUGGGACUGUCUCAUAAAGUCCACAUUUGCUCUGUUAACAACUUCCCCACUGCUGCUGGACUGGCCUCUUCAGCAGCUGGCUAUGCAUGUCUGGUUUAUACACUAGCCCAGGCAUUUGGUGUGGAAGGAGAGCUGUCAGGGAUCGCCCGUCAAGGCUCAGGCAGUGCCUGCAGAAGCAUGUAUGGUGGGUUUGUCCAAUGGAUCCUGGGAAGCAAGGAGGAUGGGAAGGACAGCGUUGCUCAGCAGGUGGAGCCAGAGAGCCACUGGCCGGAACUCUGGGUUCUUGUUCUAGUGGCCAGUGCUGAGCGCAAGCCUAUAGGAAGCACCUCUGGAAUGCAGACCAGCGUACAAACAAGUUUACUGUUAAAGCACCGAGCAGAGGCUAUCGUUCCACAUCGAAUGGUAGACAUGAUCGAGGCUGUGCGAAGAAAGGACUUUCCUGCUUUCGCAGAGCUAACCAUGAAGGAAAGCAACCAGCUUCAUGCCACCUGCCUUGACACACACCCACCUAUCUUCUACCUCAACAGUGUCUCCCAGCAUAUCAUCCACUUGGUGCAUCGUUAUAACAAAUACUACGGGGAGACAAGGGUGGCCUACAGCUUCGAUGCUGGUCCCAAUGCUGUGAUCUUUGCUUUGCAGCAGUUUGUUCCAGAGUUUGUCCAGUUGGUUCAACACUUCUUUCCCCCAGACAGAAAUGGAGAAGAUUUUAUUAAAGGUCUUCCAGUCAAGUCUGCUGCUCUUACUGUGGAGCUGAAACAGAGUAUCGGCUUAGAGCCUUUACCAAAGGGAGUGAACUACAUCAUCAGCACAAAGGCUGGACCAGGCCCUCUUGUUGUCGAGGAUCCUUCUCAGCACCUCCUUUCAGCAGAAGGUCUACCAAAGAAAAUGGUCUGAGCAGCUUCUACUGUGAAGAAAUGUCCUC